AUGAGAGCCGAUCGGUCGGUGUCGGCGGCUGCGCCACGGAAGCGCCCCUUGGCGCGACGGAGCUGUCUCAAGUGCCGCGAAAAAAAGGCCAGAUGCGAGCUUCCAGACGUCUACGUCGACAGCGCAAAGACCCCUCUGCCCGCCGAGAAGCGAUGCCAUCGCUGCAACGUGCUCGGCAUCGACUGCGUCGUCUGGGAUGGAGAUCGAAAGCGCAAACCUAGACUGGAACGACUCGCCGAAUCUCCCGCCAGCAGCUCUGCGGACCAAGAGACUGCAACGUCUUCACAUUCAUCACAGCGCAGACCCUUGUCCGAUGGGCAAAGCCCCAAUCCUACAGGUCGUCUUGACCGAGCUUCGGAUACAUCGAGCUCAAAGAGCUCGAAAAGCCCUUUUGCUGCUGCCACGCGAGUCGCAGCGCCCCAAAACAUCGACAUCGAGCAGCUCGGAGCAUCGGACGUCAUGCGUGAUCAGCGACUCCUGCUGGGAAGCCAGAAGGGAUGGAGGACCGUCUCAAAGAACCUUCUCACCCUGAUUGGGCGACUUGACUCGAGCGAAAAGUAUUCGAGGUAUCUGAGCCUCCGCAUUGACGCCCCUCCCUCAACGCCAGACAUUCUCGCGUUCCUCCAUCCUGACAAGGCAGCACGGCUCGAAGGUGAACUUCAAGUCUAUCUCGUGGGUCACCCUUAUCUUCCGUCUCUCUCGCAGCUUCACUCUGAGCAGUCGCAGAACCCUACUCGUCCUCGAGCUCUGCUUCUUGCUACCAUGACGCUGUUAGGCCUCAAAGGAUUCGAAGACGGUUUGGGUUCGACCGACAUCCGCGCUCUGUCGAAUUAUGUGGAUCGUCUAGGCACACAGAUGCUUUUAUCUUCGCCUCGGGACAUACACUUGGUCAUGGCAUUCGAGCUGCUCAUUUCGCACGAGCCCGGUCUUGUCGGUACUGCCGCCUCUCAAUUCGAGCCGCAGGGACGGGGCCUGGGCUUGGCUUCCGAAAACCUGCUGACGUGCGCGAUUCAGAUCGCAAAGGAGCUGGGCCUAGAUCACGCGCACAUCGACCAGCCGGAUCCAGCGUCCAUGCUAACAGAGGUCAGCCUUUGGUCCUGCCUCCGAGUCUGGGAAAGCCUGUUUUGCCUCAUCGCCAAACGUGCUCGCUUUCCCGACGGUCUAGAUGCCAAGCUUGCAUCGGAGAUCCGCGAGGUCCUGCAUAGCGUCGACGACCACGCGAAGAAGUUGCCGGAACUGCCUGGACUUCAGGAUUCUUUAGGCUCGGCCAGCACCCUACACUACAACGUGCGAGCAUACGCAGCCCAAAUGGAGAGGCGGAUGGGGAAGGAUGGGGUCUUGCGUUCCGCAGGCCGUACGGUCAUCUGCCUCCGCAUGCAAGCAUUCUGCCUCCUCACUGCUUCUGUGCGCCAAGUGGAAGAAGUGUUGUCAGACCCAGACCUGGAGCUGCAUGAGAAGCAGACGUGCAUAUCAGAUUUGUAUGCAAGCAAUACCUCUGCGAUCCUGGCGAUCCGAGACGGAGAUUGUCAAUUGGGUAAGUCCGAAGUACACUCUGCGCAAUGCAUGUCCAGACGAUGCCUUCUGACUCAAGAGCACGCUUCUAUGCCACUAUCACAAGGCGUCUACUCGGAGCAACGCAUCGUUCGUCUGUGGGAACAGCUCCUGCACAUCGAAUGCUCGUACGCCUGUACCGUCUUUAGCAGGUACUGUACCUCGGCACUAUAUACGGGCAAACUGAAUGGUCACGUCGAGGUCGAAGAUAUGAUCUGCAGCAUUCGAGACAGGCUCCAUCAAGACAAGCCUGGCGUGAUGGAGCUUGUCUCGAAGAUGGGACGUUCAGGGGUGGACCUCAGCCAUGACGUGCUUGCAUCGAUAUCCCAUCUGGAUCGCCAACCCGCUCUACGCAAGCGGACGGCUGCUGGCGGCAAUGCAUCCGGCUACCUGCACCAGAUGCCAGCGCUGCUGGUGAGCGCAUUGGCGGUGGACACGGCAAGGAGCUCCUUCGAGAGCAUGGCCUUCGUGUUCGUUACCUGGGGUGGCGCUCCUUCCUACUUCGCAACGGCUCUGACGCUCAUCGAGGCUGCAGCUGGUCGGGUGAGCAAGCUGGCAUCGCAGUCUUCGCAGAACGAUGUCGAGACCGUAUCGGAGGUGGCGUCCGAGUACCUUCUCGAAAUGGUGAAUACGGCCCAGGUCUGGCAGCUGUAUUAUCGAGUCUACCGACCUUUUCGCCGGCCCGUGGCGACCGGAGCAACAGCUUCCACGGCAGAGGAACAACAACAGAUGCCGAACCCGACCCACGGCCCGUAUCGGCAUCAGCGUCAGCAGGCCGUGGAAGUGCAGAUGGAAACGGCAACGCCGUCUGGCUCGUCCACCCAGACCUCCGUGGCGCCACUGCCGACUCGAAGCCAUCGAGCCGGUCCACAGCGAUCAACAGGCGCCAGAUCACCCUUUGCAGUCCACGGAGCUGCGGAGGAGAGUGUCGAUGACGCUGUGCCGUGCUCCUCUGCCUUUCCGACUGCUGAUGCACUGCUGCAUGACGGAGAAGCGCUCAGCUCCAAGUCGGAAGACACCAGUGCUUUGCUCGCCUUGCCGGCCUCGAUCAGUGCAGCCGUGCCACUUUCAAAUCUCAUGUACAGCACACAGUCGAACGCUAGCAUGGACGCUGGAAUCCCUUUCGAUCUCGAGGCCUUCCUCAGAGACAUAGACCAACUCUUCUGA